CGCUGAUGGACGGGUACAUCAAGGCUGGCCUGCUGGGGCUUGCCAUGAAGGAGUUCCAGCGGAUGCCGCAGCGGGACGCUGCAUCCUGGGGCACGGUGGUAGCCGGGUGCGCAAAGGCUGGAAGCUGGAAGCAGGCCAUGGGGCUGUUUGACAGGAUGAGGGUGGAGGGUUUCAAGCCAGACGACGUGGCACUGGCCGCAGCGCUGUCAUGCUGCGCGCAGCUCGGGGCGCUAGAGAAGGGACAAGAGGUCCAUAAGUACAUAACACAAAGCAGGCCCCGGCCAAACGUGUUCUUGUGUACAGGGCUCGUUGAUCUGUACGCAAAGUGUGGGCGUGUCGAUGUUGCCCGAGAGGUCUUCGACUCGUGCCCUGCGAGGAAUGUCUUCACCUGGAACGCGCUCAUCGUCGGGCUGGCAAUGCAUGGGCAUGGCACAGUGGCACUCGAGUACUUCAACCGGAUGCUGCUUCAGGGGGUUCGACCGGAUGGAGUCACUUUCUUAGGGGUACUGAUUGGUUGCAGCCAUGCUGGCCUGGUUGGCAUGGCAAAGAGGAUCUUCUCCGAGAUGGAGGGCAAGCAUGGUGUGCCUCGGGAGCUUAAGCACUAUGGAUGCAUGGCUGACUUGCUUGGUCGAGCCGGGCUCAUCGAGGAAGCGAUUGAGAUGGUCGAGAAGAUGCCGACAGAAGGGGACACUUACGUCUGGGGAGGUAUACUCGCGGGUUGUAGAAUGCACGGCAACGUGGAAGCAGCGGAGGUUGCUGCAAGGCAUUUGCUGGAGCUCAACCCUCAAGACAGCGGGGUGUACUCUGUCCUGGCCGGGAUCUAUGCAGAUGCUGCUAGGUGGGAGGAUGUUGCCAGGGUUAGGAAAUUGAUGGAUGAAAGGAUUGCUAGGAGAAAUGUCGGUUGCAGUUCCAUUACGGCGGACCACUAGCAUAGCACACAGUAUGCUGGUUGGUCGCAGGCUGUAGAUUCUACCUAGAAGGUCACCACUGCAAAGUACAAACUGGUUCAGUAAGAGGACUGCUACUCCUAGGAGCGGCAAUGACUUGUGUCGACUGGCAAGGACUCGGGCCUCUUUCUGUUGUGGACUUUACUCUGCAAGUGCGUGUGAACUGUAACUGGGGAAGUAUGAAUUCUGAUAGGGAUUCGUCUUGCAGUCACACGCAUGUCGCCCGUGCAUGACAUUACAUAUUCUUGGACUUCUUUGGCAGGUAGAUUUUCUUGCAAAUCAACUGCUCAUGCUGAACUGCUGAUGGAAAUGAAGCCAGAGCAUAAAUUGAAAAGGGAUGAGGAAAAGUUCUGGCCAGGUGCAGGUAAUAUUUUUGGCAUGCCUAGUUGGCGCAGCCCACUUUGCUUUCAAGCCAAUGAAGGCUACAGUUCGAUGCAGCCCUGAAUUCGCAGAUCUCGCUGUUCUUCGGUUUGGUAUUGUACUUCAGUUGAUCUAUGGGUAAUGGGUUGUCGCAGAAACUUAUGUGCUACAGAGUACAGAGUUGAAGAGGACACAACAUUCAAUAAUCAAGGAUUCAAGGUGAGACAACAAGUCGCUCAUUGGUGCAGACAGGGCGCAGAGCUGGGGACGGGGAGGUGGGACA